UCGUCUACUAAGUCGUCUGGAGUAACAAUUAAGGCGUGAUUGAUUUAGCUUGUGUUCUGACUUCUAUUGUUGUCUUUGAUUAUUUUGCAGACAAAAAGGAUGGAUAUUGCAGAACUCCCCCGUAGGUUAUACACAUUAGGGGAAGAGCCAGAACCCCACAAUAGCAUUUCGUAUCAUACGGAUAACAAGAAGUUGCAUACUGCUCUUAGGGAAGCUCUCACUGAUGCUGAAUUUGAAGAGCUCAAGGAGUCGAGAUUGGGAGUUUUCAUCAAGUUCAAGGAGCAUGGAUUUGGUUGGGCUUCAAGGCUGGUUCACUACUUGCUCUGUUUAAAGGUGGACAUUAAGAAGAAGUACGAGAUGUGGUGUCUCGUUGGUCCAGAACCUGCGAGGUUUUCACUGUUAGAGUUUGAAAACAUCACUAGUCUAAACUGCGAGUACAUCGAGGACCUUGAGACACCAGAAUGUGAAGUUACCCCAGAGAUGGUUUCUUUCUGGGGGAUGAUGGGAGUUCAUCUGGAAGCUGGGCCAACUACUGAUCAGAUAAUAGCAACACUGAAGAGAUGCGGGGAUUGGUCCAGGGAAGAUCGCAAGCGACUCGCGUACCUUUCCAUCUUCACUGGAUUCAUUGAAGGGAGAAAGUUUUCAACCGCUACACGAGCUACUCUGGCAAGGCUAGUGAUGGAUUUAGAACGGUUUGAGAAUUAUCCAUGGGGGAGAGUCGCGUUUAAGGUGCUGAUGGACUCUUUGUGGAACAAAGAUAUUACUGGCUGUUACACCGUGGAUGGGUUUAUACAAGUUCUUCAGGUCUGGGCGUACACAGCUAUUCCGGGAUUGGGUGCUAGUAUUGGUAGUCCCAGAGCAAACAGUCCGUCUCCACCGAUUCUGGCUUACGAGGGCAGCAGAGGCCGCAGAUUCAUGAAAGCUGCUAUCUUGAGUCAGACCCGCGUGAUCAACUUUGUUGAGAAGGACAUUAGUGAAAUGUGGCCAAAAUGGGACUCUGAGGUUGAGGACGUGCCCGCGGAGAACAUCAUUAAAGUCAUGUAUGAUCGGAGACCGUGGAAGUGGACCAUGGAUUGCUGGGAAGUCACUGGUACAAAACCUAAGUUUGUGACUCCAUCGAAAAGAGCCAAAGAGAUGGUUGUGGUGGAGGUGGAGGAGGAGGAGGAAGACAAUCAGAGACCUCGGAAGAAAGCUCGUAAAGAGGCUCCUAAAGAGGCUCCUAAAGAGGCUAGAGAAAUCCUCUCCCAACAAGAAUUAAGUCGUCCAGGGUCUUCUAGUUGUCCAGACAACUUUUAUUUAAGUCGUCCAGGGUCAACUAGUCGUCCAGACAACUUUUAUUUAAGUCGUCCAGGGUUAACUUGUGUGCAACUUUUAUUGCAGAGAUUGUUGCCGGAGGAUACAGCAGAUGAGGCGAUCUCGGUAUAUAAGAUCUUGCCGGAGGAUAAAGCAGAUGGUGUCACCUCCAAAGAGAUUGUUCCUCUCACUUCCACUGACCAACCGAGCUUCGCUUCCAACGAUCAACAACCGAGCUUCGCUUCCACCGAUCCAAGCAUUCCAGUUUCAGAACCGAGCCUGGUUGUAUUGGACAAAACAGCUCCCACUGCUUCUGUGCGUGCAAGGAGUGAACGAACGAAGAAACCUGCUCCCACGCAGAUAUCUCCUUAUACGGCAGAGAGAAGGAAACUCCUUAGAGUGGGAAAGUAUAAUCCAUUUCCCACACUAAACAGACCUAAGAUGAAGGAGCUCACUGAUUGGUUGAAAACUGAUCCUGAUUAUUUCACUAAGCAAGAGGAGAAACCACGUACAUCACCAACUUGGUGGUAUCAAAAACUCCGGACACCCAAAGCAUGGCUGGAAGACGUACAUAUAGAUGCUUGGAUGAAUGUGCUGAGGCAGAGGUAUCAGGAGAAUCCACAAGCUUUCCGGAGCGAGCGAAUGUGCUUCCUGGAUCACAACCUUUCCCAGUCUUGGAGAGACCAGUAUCUGUUCUUCAAAGCAUCGGCACCUGAUCACAAAGGUUUAGGAAGAAUGCUACCUAGUGGGGCGGCGAGUUUGUAUGACGGAUCAAUGCCUUCAUUUUGCCAAUCAAACAAGAAGUGGGGGGAGGACAUUGAUGAUAUCUAUGCGCCAGUGAACUUGGACAACAAACAUUGGGUUGCUAUUUGGAUAUCGAUCCCUAAGAGGCAUAUAGUCGUCUGGGACAGCAUACCUUCAUCUAGCAUACCAGAAGCAUGGGAUGAGAUAAUGGAGCCUUUUCUCGAGAUGAUCCCUUAUCUGCUUGUUGAGUGCGGAGACCAGAAGCAUGGGUUGGAGCGAUACACAUAUGAGAGACUGCUGAAAGAUGUACCCACGGCAAACAAUGGUGAUUGUGGCGUGUACGCUGUAAAGUAUAUUGAAUGUCAUGCCCUUGGGGUCCCCUUUAGCCCUAAAGACUUUGCUAGGUCCAAUGCGAAGACUAUGAGGGAUAAUAUGGCUGUGGUUAUAUGGACGGAGCUUGUUGAUCAGCAUUUGAAAGAUAAUGAGGAUGGUGGUAUGUUCGUGGGCAUGUAUGAUUAA